CAGCAAUUAGCACAUGAAGCUGUCAUUAACAGCUACUAUCGUGAUGCUGCUCCUCUUACGACCGAUGACGAGUGGGUCUUCUGCGCUGAAGUUCCUGACAUGCACGAGAUGAGCCGUCCUCUUGUCAGCGACGAUCCAUGCGUGCCUGAGAACCAGAUUGAGGGCAACUGGUCAUGCAAAAACGAGCACCUGUCUGCGCAUUACCAUUUUCUGCGCGAGGAGUCGACUUUCGCUCUUCGCCGUGCCAUAGAGCUUGUCCGUAACCAACCUCACUCAUCAGAACUGGAACACAGAGAGACCUCGCCUGGUAUUGGAAUCUAUGAAAAGGCGUUCGCAACUGGCGUCAUCUUAUCCUAUCGCGGCCUGAGCGUUCGAAUGUGUUUCUCGACAUUCCGUGCUGGUGUCAAGAUCGACUGGCAGACUUCAAAGCGCCUGAAGGCUGGCUCAUUACUUGCUAUUUCACCUACUUCGGACAAGUUCCAGAAGCACAUAAUCAUCGCUACCGUCGGUGCCAGACCUAUGGACUUACUCAACGAGAGUCCCCCUAAAAUUGAUGUUUUCUUUCCCCACGCCGAGGACAUCAUUCUUGAUCCAGCUGAAGAAUAUGUCAUUCUCGAGGAAACGUCGUCCUUCUUCGAGGCCCAACGUCACAAUAUGCUCGCUUUACAGCGCAUGACCAAGGAGAGCACCCCCCUUCAGGAGUAUGUCGUCUCCCCAAUUGCUACCAAACACAUUGUCCGCGUUCCUGAGUAUGUUGAGAAGGACCCCAUUAUGGACCUUAGCUCUGCAACGGACAAUGUCUCUGACUUUCAAUACGAUGUUGUCAACCGGCCCGUGCCCAAGGAUGCUGCCAAGCUUGAUGAAUCGCAGAUGGAUGCACUCCACCAGAUUCUGACGAGGGAGCUUGCCCUCAUUCAGGGUCCUCCUGGUACAGGCAAAACUCACGUGUCGGUCAUGGCACUUCGUAUCAUGCUGCUCAAGAUGGAAGAACAGAGAAGGAACGCAAAGACAGGCGAGGUUGUUCCUCCUCUGAUUGUGACCUGCCAGACCAAUCAUGCCCUCGAUCAAUUGCUUCGUCACAUCGCCGCAUUCGAGGACUCUUUCAUUCGUCUUGGUGGUCGCUCAGCUGAUACUGGAAUUGUCAAACAACACACACUCUUCGAGAUCAUGGAGAAACUCAAGGAAAGCAACCCACGCGCCCUCAGGGAGCCGGCUGGACUUCGAUCGGCCAGAGCUAACAUGAAAAAGAUAGAGAAUGACUGGAAGCGAGUGAUGGCGCCCUUCGAUAGCAGCAGUCAGGCGUGCAGACCUAUGGAUGAAGACAUGUUCGAAGGCCGUCUUUCUGCUCAGCACAUUGAUUCUCUCAAGAACUCCAAGUGGCAGACAAGUGACGACUCUCCUGGAGUUCCUGCCAUCAUCAAAUGGCUCGGUCCUGAGGCAUCGCUGACAGCCAGCACCGACAACUGGCCUGCGGAACAAGAGUUCGGCUUUGAGGCAUAUGAAGAAGAGGAGGAAGAAGUCGACGAGGCUACCGCAGAGAAGGCUAAGCAAGACGAUGAGAUUGAGAAGCUUCGCGGAUCGUUCAUCCCUCUCCUUGAUUGCAGUGUUCUCAAAGCCACUUCCAUCAAGCACCUCUCAGAGAAGGAUGUCAAGAAGAUCCUGGCAAGCAGCAAGUUCUCCGACCUCAACAAGGUACCACCUCAGUACCGUCUCGGCCUUUACGAGUUCUUUGUCAAAGAAGCCAAGCAGAAGAUCAUUAAGGCUGCUAGAGAUUUGGCCUUCAGAUGGGCCAAGGAAGUGAGAGACUGGACGCGCGGCCAGUUCGUCAAAAAGCUCCAAGUUCUUGCCGAUACCAAGGUCAUCGGCUGUACCAGUACUGGCUUUGCCAAAUACCGUCCCAUGAUCUACGCCCUCAAACCUCGCAUCGUCAUAGUAGAAGAAGCUGGUGAAUGUCUCGAAGCCAACAUGAUGAGCAUGUUCCUGCCAUCUCUCCAACAUCUUAUUCUUGUUGGAGACCAUCAACAACUUCGUCCCCGCGCUCAAAAGGCCACCCACAACUUCAAACACUACGACAUCUCUUUGUUUGAACGUCUGGCAAGCAACACCGUUGAUUACAAAAUGCUUACUAUACAGAGACGCAUGCCACCUGAAGUCAGACGUCUCCUAUGGCCUAUCUACGGAAACAAGAUCAAGGACCAUGAAUGUACUCUCGAUCGUCCUCCUGUUCCUAGCCUUGGAGACUGCAAGACCUACUUCUGGCAUCACGAAUACCACGAGGCUCACGACAAGUUCAAGUCUGCUUACAACGAACAGGAGGCUAAGCUGGUGUUAGACUUCGUCAAUGGCCUUAUCAGCGCAGGCGUCGAGUCGCACAAAAUCACCAUUCUAACCUUCUACAAUGGCCAGCGUCGUCUCCUUACCCGCGAGCUGAAGAAGGUGACUGGCGCAGUCACAGAGAAGCGUAUCAAGGUUGUCACGGUUGACUCUUAUCAAGGCGAGGAAAACGACAUCAUCAUCUUGUCCCUUGUCCGCAACAACUUCAUCAAAGAGGUUGGCUUCCUGAAAGUCGCCAAUCGUGUCUGUGUUGCUCUGUCGCGUGCCAGACAAGGAUUUAUCAUGUUUGGCAAUGUCAAGCUGAUGAAGGAAGCUGGUGGUGAAGAGUGGAAGCAGGUCGUCUCUAUUCUGAGAGGUGAAGGUCCUGUCGAAACUUAUAUGGCUGGUGGCUCCAGAAUC